CAGCGCUCCCCUCAUAACCGAGCUGAAAAGCGAAGUGAACGGAGAGUGCACUCCUAUUGUUACCACUGCAGUUUAGUGCAUACGUGAGACGCUCAUAAACUAUCAUGGCUCCUGCUAUUGGAAUCGACUUGGGAACCACCUAUUCGUGCGUUGGUGUCUGGCAGAACGGCAAGGUCGAGAUCAUCGCCAAUGACCAGGGCAACCGCACGACCCCCAGCUAUGUGGCUUUUACGGACACGGAGAGACUUGUGGGCGACGCCGCCAAAAAUCAGGUGGCCAUGAACCCGAAGAAUUCCGUGUUUGACGCCAAACGUUUGAUCGGCCGUCGCUUCGACGACCCCAAGAUCCAGGAAGACAUGAAACAUUGGUCCUUCACCGUGGUCAACGACUGCGGCAAGCCGAAGAUCGACGUCGAGUUCAAGGGCGAGCACAAGCGUUUUUCGCCGGAGGAGAUCAGUUCGAUGGUGCUCGUCAAGAUGAGGGAAACUGCCGAGGCCUACCUGGGCAGCAAGGUGCGCGACGCCGUCAUCACGGUGCCGGCCUAUUUCAACGACAGCCAGCGCCAGGCCACCAAGGACGCCGGGGUCAUUGCCGGCCUCAACGUCCUGCGCAUCAUCAACGAGCCAACUGCGGCCGCCCUAGCCUAUGGCCUUGACAAAAACCUCAAGGGUGAGAAGAACGUGCUCAUUUUCGAUUUGGGCGGCGGCACCUUUGACGUCAGCAUCCUGACCAUCGAUGAAGGGUCCUUGUUCGAGGUCAAGUCAACCGCCGGCGACACCCACCUGGGCGGUGAGGACUUCGACAACCGGAUGGUCAAGCACUUUGCGGACGAGUUCAAACGCAAAUACAAAAAGGACCUGACUUCCAACCCUAGGGCCCUCCGCCGCCUCCGUACGGCCUGCGAGCGCGCCAAGAGAACCCUGAGCAGCAGCACCGAGGCCAAGGUCGAGAUUGACGCCCUGUUCGAGGGUAUUGACUUCUACACCAAGAUCUCAAGGGCGCGUUUCGAAGAGCUCUGCAUGGACCUGUUCCGAGGCACCCUGCAACCCGUCGAGCAAGCCCUGAAGGACGCCAAAAUGGACAAGUCGCAGAUUCAUGACGUGGUUCUCGUUGGUGGCUCGACCCGCAUUCCGAAGGUCCAGAAGCUCCUGCAGGACUUCUUCAAUGGCAAGAACCUCAACCUGUCCAUCAACCCUGACGAGGCCGUCGCCUACGGAGCUGCCGUACAGGCCGCCAUCCUCAGCGGCGACACCAGCAGCGCCAUCCAGGACGUCCUGCUCGUCGACGUGGCCCCCCUGUCUCUGGGUAUCGAGACUGCCGGAGGAGUAAUGAGCAAGAUCGUGGAGCGCAAUGCCCGAAUCCCCUGCAAGCAGCAGCAGACCUUCACCACCUACGCCGACAACCAGCCGGCCGUCACCAUCCAGGUGUACGAGGGUGAGCGUGCUAUGACCAAGGACAACAACCUCUUGGGCACCUUUAACCUCACCGGCAUUCCUCCUGCCCCGAGGGGCAUCCCGAAGAUUGAGGUCACCUUUGACCUGGACGCCAACGGCAUUCUGAACGUCUCGGCCAAGGACGAGAGCUCCGGACGCAGCCAGCAGAUCACCAUUCGAAAUGACAAGGGCCGCCUGUCCAAGGAAGAAAUUGACCGGAUGCUCAAUGAUGCGGAGAAGUACAAAGAUGAGGACGAGCGACAGCGCCAAAGGGUGGCUUCCCGCAACCAGUUUGAAGGCUACAUCUUCCAGGUGCGUCAGGCCGUGGACGACGCCGGUGACCGUUUGAGUCAGACUGACAAGGACGAGACCAAGGCCAAGUGUGAAGAGGCUCUCAAGUGGCUGGACGACAACCAGCUGGCCGAGAAGGACGAAUACGAACAUCGACUGAAGGACUUGCAGAAGGCCUGCGCUCCCAUCAUGACCAAGAUCCAUCAGGGUCCUGCUGGUGGUGCCGCUGGUGCUGGACAGCCUACCGGUGGUGCUGCCCAUGGUGGAGCUGGAGGUCCUACUGUGGAGGAGGUUGAUUAAACUUCAAGCGCUGUUCCUACGAGGCAAGACUGAGGCAGCGGAUUUUACUAAGAAUUAAAAUCUAAAUGUGGAUCUGUCUCCAAAAUAAUACUAUACGGGUUAAAUAUCUCAUAAAGCAUGUAACAAUAUUUGUAAUUGCAUCAAUUCCACAACCCACUAGCAAUAAAAUCUAUGUAUCAGAGAUUGAUCAUUAAUAAUAAAAAUGAAUGUCUC